UCUGCGUGAUUUCAAGCUCUACUAUACAGCUUGAACCAAAUUAGGCCUAUUAAUUAAUUAAUUGCCAGAGUAUUUCAGGCAGUGGUAGAAAUUGCACAGCAAAAGUGUGUGCCCGAAUCAUAAUUCUUUACGUUGAAAAACAUUUUCUCUGCAUGAACUUGCUAGUUCAAGGUCAGCAGAUGUACAACAAGGUCUUUUUCUGCACAUGGGGACAGAUAAGUUAUUCUGGGAAGUGUUCUUAUCUUAAAACUUACUACAAAUGUUUACAAAAUAGGUCAAGCCUCCCCGAAAAGAAUGCUUCAGACUAAGCAGGUGGCCGGACGCGCUUUAUUAUUCAGAAUUCCAACAUCAUGAACUCGCUUGUCAUCGUGAAACGAAAUAUUUACCGAAGUCUAUGCAUACGCAGGAAGAAGAAUAAAGAAAAGAAAAAAGAGGAAAUCGCUAACAAAAAAAGCCAUGUAAAGAUAACGAUGCUUCCUCCUUGAUAAAGGAAAGGUCCCUACCCUCGGCACGUGAAAGUAAAGCAGCUGUGGGUGAGCUUUUCCUGGAAAAAUAAGGCUGAUCAAUUCGGAACGGUGCGGAUUAAGCGAAUCAUUAGGGAGCCUAGUUGGUUUCCCCUUCGAGUUUUUCCGUUGUUUACUGCUUCGUUGGAACGACAAUUACCGACACUGAUUCGUAUCACGUCGCACGGUGGAUGGAAAUCGAUGCAGGAAGUAAAAAAAAUGGAAAGAAUGGAACGGCUGCCGUAGUGUUGUCUACAUGUACGGCACGCAAACUCAGUGUUGCCGUUGACGUUGUAGCCAGUCUCCCGUCCACCCCACAGUUAAGGAGAGGAACAUUUUCGACCGCAGCACAGAACGUGAUAUACUUGGAUUUGUGUGUCUUGUUUUUCGUUAUCCCGCCCGUGUCGAGCGCGCGGCCACCUUUCCUAGCGUCGAACUCAAAUAUCAUUCAACCCCCUGAUUCGAUAGUGGACGGAUUGUAGCUAUAGCAACAACACGAGUGUGCGUGAAAACGAAGGAAAUGGCUUUACAUUUAAGUCUAAUUGCCACAUUGAUGGCUGUCAGUCUCUGCACGAUAUGCGCAGAAAACAUUGGAUUCAACAGUGGUGUAGCGGGAGGUACUGCAGGUGGGUCGAGAGCCAAUUGGGAUCAGCAGCAACAAGGACAAUUCCGACCCUUUGGCAGUGAUAAACCAUGUUCUGUCUUAGUCAACGAAACAAUGAUGCAGAAUGACGCCCAAGUGAUCAUUGAGCGUAUCCUGAUUACGGCAGAUACGAUGGGCAACAGCUUUUCCUCUUCGUCGUUUACGGGUGGAUCCAACCAACAACUAGACACAUGGGCAGCGCAGGCUUGUGGGCAAAUGCAAAACAUUGUCGGCUACUUGAAAUCGGCCUGCCAAUUCAGCAUCAGUGCUAGUUCCAUAUCCAGCACUAGUAGUACCAGCCAGACGGAACUGGUGGCCCAGAAAAAAUUAGGCGCCAUGAAUGCGGCCAAGGAAUAUCUCUGUUCCAACAAUCAAGUUAACCUUAAAGAAUUGGCCAUGAAUAAUGGAGCGCAGUGUGCCCGUAAAACUGACUUGAAUGAAUUCGGUUGCAACGUUCAGCAAGGAGCACAGCCUACCUUUGUGCAAAUGUUGCCGUCACCGAAUCGACAGACUUUGAAAUAUGGGACGUCCAUUAUUCUUAGCAUGAAUAGCUACAAUAACGACGAUUGCAAAUACGUUGCAGAAGUAACCAAUUGCAUCCUGGACAAAUAUACGCGUGGAACGGAUUUUUGUAGUUCACGGGCAUCGACGCACUUUGGCCGUAUCUUUGAUGUGAUGCUUCAAGGUGUACAGUGCAAAACGGGUGGCUACUCUACGUUCAACUCUUUUGACAGCUCCAAUAGUUUCAACAACAAUCCGGCCUUCAAUCGUUUCCCUAGCGGCAGCAAUUUGCCUAACAACCAAAAUAAUUUCGGCUCAAAUAGUGGCAGUUUUCCUCAAAAUUUUCCUCAGGGAUCAGCAGACAGUAAUGGCUUUAAUGGACAAGGUAUCAAUAAUUUCGGCAUGAACUCUGGAGGUAACUGGCCACAAAAUCAAAAUGGAUUCGGAAUGAAUUCUGGAAGUAACUGGCCACAGCAAAAUCCAAAUUCUUUUGGAAUGAAUUCCGGAAGUAACUGGCCCCAACAAAAUUCGGGACAAGGUUCCGGUACAUUUGGACAGAGCUCCAAUAAUCAAGGUCAAAACUCGUUCCAAUCAAGUGGAACAAUUCCACCAUACAAUCGGAGGCCUUACAACAGCGGAAACGCCAUCCAGGCUACCAUGACUAUGGUUGUUUCAACCAUUUUUGUCGCGUGUUUGGUUCCUUAAAUUAUAUAUAUAUUUUUUUUUCUUUACUUUCGCACCACACGAUCCCAUGCCCAAAUGCGGAAAAAAGCAGCUGUCCUUCAUCCCACAGUAGCAUUUGAUAAAAUUCUUUUAAUAAUAAAAAUAUUUGCUGCACUUUCAGUGACAGUACAGCACAAAAAAAUGUAAGUAGUUAGUAUUUCCGUUACACAGUUGGGAUAUGUAUAUUUAGUUUCUCUUUGAAUAUAAAAAAAAUUU